ACAUGAAUAUAAUCUUCCUUAUUUUCUCUCUCCUCCCAAAAAUAUUAUUUUUCCCACUAGAUUACUACUUCUUCCUACUUCAAUUAUUUUUUUUUUUCUCACUUUUUUUUUCUUUCUUUUCUUUUUACAUUCCUCCAUUAUUUCUUCAACUCCAUUAGAUUAGAUCUACUACUAAUAAUCAAUUUCUGGGAAUUUUUAAUUUUCCCCAAAAUUAUUCUCCAUGGUCAUCUUCUUCAACCCCUUAUUCCCAUUUCCCUUACCCUAAUUUUUCCCCCAAUUUUUCCCUCAUCUGUCAUUCUCUCUCCUCAGAUCGUGGUGAGUUGAAGAUAGAUCGAGAGGAAAGAAGAAAUGAAUGAUUUUCAGGGAUUGUUAUCAAGCGAUUAUGGGUUCAAACCUCAAGGUAAAGCUGCUCCAAUGGCGGGUGCUAAAUCCGGCAUUAAUUCUUCUUCUUCAAAUUCUGCUUAUAAUUUCGAGAUCGGAGGGUCUAAAACGGCGUCGUUUCCCUCCAAUUCGAAGAGUUCUUCGUCUUCUUUGUUUGAUGAUCAUGAUACCCUUUUUCGCCCUAAUCGGAAAAAUACCUCAUCUGAUGAUUUUGGGAUUUUAGAUGAUGUUUUUGCUACUGGGGGGAUUAAAAGCAAUUCGUCAAAGUCUACUAAUAAUGCUAAUUCGGUGAAUUUGGAUUCGAUUUUUGGUGGUGGCGGCGGCGGCGGUGGAGGUGGUGAUUCGGCGUCGAAGUUCUCUUCUUUGCCCGUUUUCGAUAAGCCGGUUUACGAUGAUGAGGAUUCGAGCUCGGCCAAGUUUGAGAAUAUCUUUGCUUCGGCUUCUUCUGCUUCUGCUUCUACAAAGAAGGGUGAUGCCUUUGAUGAUCUUUUGGGGGGGUUGGGGAAGAAGGAACCGCUAUCGUCGAGGUCGGUUGGGUCGGGUUCGAAGGGGGCUGAUAAGGGUUAUGCUGGUUUUGAUGAUUUGUUGCCUGGUUUUGGUGGUGGGAGUGCAUCUUCAACGAGCAGGAUGUCAUCGGAUACUACUAAGAAAACCUCAAGUGUAGUAGAUGAUCCUUUUGUUGUCCUAGAAUCAACUUCUCCUCCUGUAUCUUCUUCCUCUGGAAUUUUUACUGAUCCUUUGGAUGAGAUUAGUAAUCUUAAUAGUGCUGGCAAAAAAACUGCUGAAAAUUCUCCUAGUGGGGCAGCAUUUGAUGAUAUAGAUCCCCUUGGUGGCUUUGGCAAGGCUGUACCUGCAUUUUCAGCAGAGAUCAAUGGGGAAGAAACGGAAGCAUUCCGAGCCAGAGUUCCUGGACGACAAAGUUCGGUCACUGGAGAUGCAAACCAGAAAUCAUCUGUAAGAAGUCCUGAGAGAGGUUAUGAGAAAAAGGUGUCGGUGGAGGAUUUUCCAGAACCAAGUGUCUUUGAGAUGCCUUAUGUGUCAGCUGAAACUAGUAGGACUGCACCAAAUGCUUCUUCUCCUGCUCAUAGCAAUACUAGUUUUAGGGAGUCCAACUCCCAUGGACAUGCCUCUCCCAAUUCCGAGGAGAACAUGGGGUCAUCUGAUGAUAUAUGGCUCACUGUAUCAGAAGUUCCUCUCUUUACACACCCUACAGCUGCACCACCUCCUUCAAGACCUCCACCCCCAAGACCAGCACGCUUUUCUAGAGGAGAAUUUGGUUCCUUUCCUGCUUCAAAUGUACACAAGAAAGCUAAUGAUUAUCCAUCUUUCCCUGGUUCUGUGCCAAAAUUUCAGAGUCCAAAAUCAGCUCCUUCUGGUGCAAGUGGAUCUUUUGCAUCUCCUUUGGAUGAACUUGAUGAUUUUGCCAUGGGAAGAAAUGCCAGUGAUGUGGAUGCAACUCAUGCAAGCUCAGAUGUUCGGUCUGGUGAAGAUUUUGACUCAAAUUCAGUUGCUGCUGCAUCUGCUGCUGCCAUGAAGGAGGCAAUGGAUAGGGCCGAAGCUAAAUUUAGGCACGCAAGGGGGGUAAGGGAAAGGGAAAGUUCAAAGGUCUCUAAAAACAGAGAAUCUGUACAAGUAGAAAAAGAGGAGAAUCCUAUGUAUGAUGCUCCUGAAAGGGAAUUUAGGGAACAUCAAGAACGACAAGAGCGUGAACGGCAACAAAAGGAAAGGGAGGAGGAAGAAAGACGACGAUUGGAAGAAGAGGAGAGAAGGCGAAUUGAGAAAGAAUGGGAGGAGAAAGAGAGAGAAAAGAGGAGAAUUGAUAAGGAAAGGGAAUUUGGAAGGCAAGCUGUGGAAAGGGCUGCCAAAGAGGCACGUGAAAGAGCAGCUGUUGAAGCCCGUACCAGGGCUGAAAGGGUUGCUGUUCAGAGGGCACAAGCUGAAGCUCGAGAACGUGCUGAAAAGGUUGCAGUUCAGAGAGCACAAGCUGAAGCACGAGAGAGGGCAGCUGCUGGGGCUAAAGAAAGAGCUGAAAAGGCUGCUGCAGAUGCAAGGGAAAAGGCAAAAGCUGAAGCCAGGGAGAAAGAAGCACGUGAGAGGGAAGCAAAAGAGAAAGAAGCACGUGAGAGAGCUGCCAGUACGGCAAGGGCAAACCAAUCGAAGAAUGAAAGUGACCUUGAAUCUUUCUUUAGCAUGGGCAGAGCAAGCAGUGCACCAAGGCCCAGGGCUGCUUCAUCGGAUCCAUUUGAAACACAGUUCCAGGCUAAACCUACACCUGAAGCAACCAGAGCGUCUGUUAACUCCUCUUCUAACAUGAGAAAAGCAUCUUCAUCAACAAAUAUUGUUGAUGAUUUAAGCUCAAUAUUUGGAGGCCCCCCAUCAUCUGGCGACUUUCAAGAAGUUGAUGGCGAAACCGAAGAUAGGCGGAGAGCCCGAAUGGAUCGCCACCACAGGACCCAAGAGCGUGCUGCAAAAGCAUUGGCUGAGAAAAAUGCCAGAGAUCUUGAGGUUCAAAGGGAACAAGCUGAGCGUAAUAGGAUUUCUGAAACACUUGAUGUUGAGAUACGACGCUGGGCAGCAGGGAAAGAGGGGAAUUUGCGUGCUCUUUUGUCAACAAUGCAAUAUGUUCUCUGGCCUGAAUGUGGCUGGCAACCUGUUUCCUUGACUGAUUUGAUUACUGGUGCGGCAGUUAAGAAAGCUUAUAGAAAAGCAACUUUAUGUAUUCAUCCUGAUAAAGUACAACAGAAGGGUGCCACUCUGCAGCAGAAAUUUGUUGCUGAAAAGGUGUUUGAUCUAUUAAAGGAAGCUUGGAACAAAUUCAAUUCAGAGGAGUUAUUUUGAGAAUUGGAGGUUUCAUCCUUUUGAAUUUUAAGGGUGUCUUGUUCGGCAUAUAUUCACUCCUUUAUGCAAGUUUUGAGCUAUUCUGAAAACUGAUCCCUGCUUCAAUAUGCACGGAGUUGCUGUUCGGUCGGCUGGGUUUUCGUUCUGUGGUUGAUGAGAUGCUUGAAAUGUUCAAUGCCCUUCAGUUCCCUGAGUUUGCUGUUAAGUGAUGAUCGUACAGUUGGAGCACGUUCUGAAGUUUUCCUAAGAUGGUAUAGAAUAGCAUUUGUUUGGGUGAUUUGCCCAUGUGAUCAUUGUCAUAUUAUUCAUUAGCAAAUGUCAUUGUUUUGAGAUGCUGCGUUUGCAUUGUAUCCAUUCUUUUGCUCUUUUUUGUUUCAUAAUAGCCUAAUCUGUUGAUGAAGAAUUCAAUGUAUGAUGAUACGUAAUUACUCAAAAACUGAUAUGCCAAUUCAUGAUUGUUUAGAAUUGUGAAUUUUGAUAGUGUGAUGAUGAUUUUUUACGAGCCCAAGAUGGCAAAAAAAAAAAAAAAAAAAAAAAAAAAAAAAAAAAAAAAAAAAAAAAAAAAAAACAGAAAAACUAUUGUAUGAGAUGAACGUGAUAAUUGAAAUCUUUUAAGGGAUGAGUUUUGUCCCAAUUAUUGUAACAUAAUUAUGACGUAGAUUAUUUUGUG